UUUCCGCAAAAGUCCAUACUUAUCAUUGGCCACACACACACACACACACAUACGAGUGACCUGCUACAGACCCAUCACAACUGAACCAGAAGCCGUCAUCUGAUAGUCUGAAAACAAAUACCUUACUUGGGACGGCCCAGUUAGGAUCCAGGAUAGCCUCCCAGCAGGUAAUAGGCUGCAGCACACAAGCCAUUCCUUCACUUCACAUGCGUUUCCCCCCCUCUCUCUCCCCUUAACUUUUUUCUCCUUUCCAAGGCCUGACUGAGCACAAAUAGGGUAGUUUUUCGGAGUAGAGGUCUCUACGCAGCCAUGGCAGGGACGUCAGAGAAAAUACCCAUUGCUUUAGCUGGUCCAGAAGAUUUACACCAAUUUAUGCCACCUGCAUACACUGCGGUGACUGUCAAGCCCUCCAACUCUGGACGCCUGCUGAAAAUCGGAGUUGCUGUGCUUAUUGUCGGAGCGGCGCUACUUCUUUUUGGAGCCAUAGGGGCUUUUUACUUCUGGAAUGUCAACGACAAGCAUGUGUACAGCGUCCAUUACAGCAUGAGCAUCAACGGAAAGGUGGAGGAGGGGUCAAUGGAGAUCGACCCUGUGAAUAACCUGGAGAGGUUCCGCAGCGGGAGCGGAAGUGACGAGGCUAUGGAGGUCCACGACUUUCACAUUGGCAUCACUGGCAUCCGCUUCGCCGGUGGAGAGAAGUGCUACAUCAAGACUCAAGCCAAAGGUCAGCUUCCAGACGUGGAGAGCUUGAACAAGGACUCAUUGAUGUUCGACUUGGAAGAUGAGAUCAUGCCAGCCAAGUUUGAGGAGGAGUCUCUGAUCUGGGUGGCCUCCGAGCAGCCCCUGAAGGACAGCGGCUUCCUGAGCACCAAGAUCCUGGACCUCUGCGGUGACCUGCCAAUCUUCUGGCUCCGCCCCACCUACCCAAAUGGUGGGCAGAAGAAGAAGAGAGCCCUCCCACGCGCCAGGCGACAGGUGGUGGGACCCGAGGAUGAGGAGCUGGUCGAGGAGCCAUCCUUUAACCCUGAGAACCCUUACCACCGUGGCACAGAGGAGGAGGGCACCAUGACCUUUGACCCGAUGCUGGACCACACGGGCGUGUGCUGCACCGAGUGCCGCAGGAGCUACACCCAGUGCCAGCGCAUCUGCGAGCCCCUGGGCGGCUUCCACCCCUGGCCCUACCACUACCGCGGCUGCAGAGUGGCGUGCCGCGUCAUCAUGCCCUGCCGCUGGUGGGUGGGACGCAUCCUGGGCAUCCUCUAAGGCCCUGGCACCGAGUGGGGCAGGGCCGCAUGCCAGAGGGUACGGCCAGUAAGAGGUUAUUUUAAGCUAGAGUGUGUUUUGUAGAGUUCUCUCACCACCUUGUGCAGACUCUGGCAUUGAAGCAACACAUUUUCUUUUCUUUUUUGUGAGUUGGGAUCCGUACAGUCCUUGUGUCUCUUAAUGAUUCAGCAGGGAUUGGAAUGGAAGUGAAUGACAGAUAUAACUUUUCAAAGCAAGGUAACGCUGCAUCAUAGUCAGUGGAUAAGGACUUAUUUUUCAGUCAUAAAUCUUACUUAUCCUUGGAAAUCUGGAGUGAGCAUCUUAUUUGGGCUUUUCAUGAAGACAAUAUUCAAUAUUCUGUUCCUUCUUUCAAGGUGAAAACAAAAGUAUCAGCUUGUAUUUAUGAAAGUAUCUUUCCAUGGAAAAUUGUAUUUCAAAAUUCAAUGUGUUGUAUGUUCUUUAUGUAAAUACAUGUGCAAUUUCUCAUUGUCAUUGGCCUUCUACCAGCAGAGGUAAAGCAUCUCCUGCAUUCCUGUAUUUAAAAUAUGCUCUCUGUCUUGGAAACCAUAGAUAUUCCAACAUAUUCCUUCAGAUCUAAUGUGAGAGAAAGAGAAUCCAACGCUGUCUUUGUAUGACAUGAUAUGCAUUAAAGUGCCUUUUAAAAAUGCA